AUGGACGGAACCGCAAUGCAUACAGUGACGGGUCUCAAAAGAUGGUCAUGUCAGGACCCUACCGUUCUCCCGGAUAUGGACAAGAUCAAGGCCAUCCACGUCUACGACUUUGACAACACGCUAUUCUGCAGUCCGUUACCGAACAAGCAAGUCUGGGCUGGUCCGAGUAUAGGCACACUACAAGCGCUCGAGCAGAUAUCGACUGGCGGAUGGUGGCACGAUGCGAGUAUCCUGGCCUCGACGGGAAAGGGCCUGGAAGAGGAGGAGAAGACUGCCUGGUCAGGUUGGUGGAAUGAGGGUAUCGUCGACCUCGUGCGACUGUCAAUGCAGCAAAAGGACGCUCUCACGGUGCUCUUGACGGGUCGCAAUGAGAGAGGCUUCGCCGACUUGGUCACUCGCAUGUUCAGAGCAAAGCAGCUCGAGUUCAACAUGGUCUGUCUGAAGCCUGCUGUCGGCCCUGCUGGUCAGCGCUUCUCGUCGACAAUGCUCUUCAAGCAGGACUUGUUGCGCGACUUGGUCUGCACAUACUCGGAUGCUGAAGAAAUCCGCAUCUACGAGGACCGCCCAAAACAUACCAAAGCCUUCCGCGACUUCUUCGAUACCUUCAAUCGCACAGUCUCAUCCCGCUCUCCCAUCCAAGCCGACGUCAUCCAAGUUACAGAAGAAUCCACCACUCUCGACCCUCUCGUUGAAGUGUCAGAGGUUCAGCGUAUGAUCAACAAACACAACCAAGCCGUUGUCGAUGGCGACGUGCCGGGUCUCAUACCUUUGGCCAUCAAACGUAACGUCUUCUACACCGGCUACCUGAUUUCACCUCAGGACACGGAGCGCUUUGCUUCCCUGGCCAAGAACACUGCCGACCGCGACUGGCGGACCCUCGCAAACAACAUCCUCAUCACUCCUCGUCCCGCACCGCAGAGCAUCCUCAAUAAGGUUGGAGGUCUUGGUCAUCGCAUGACUUGGAGAGUAACAGGCAUCUCACACUUCGAGAACAAACUAUGGGCCGCCCGUGUCGAGCCCGCCGACCCUAGAGCACGCUUCUACUCCGAAAACCCAACACCCACCGUCGUAAUCUCCCUCCGCAACAACGCCCGCCCAAUCGACGCAAAGUACAUCUCGAACUGGCAACCCACAUCACCCGAGCAGUCCUUCGAGUUCGAAACCGUGGUCGGCGAAAAAGUACUCCUCCGUAUUGAAAGAGAAUCUACCGACCAAGACGAUUACGAGAAUUCCUAUGCGUCAAAACCUCGUCCUCAACAACGUAGAUAUCAUCGCGAAGAAGACUUCCCAGCUCUGGGCUCAGACCGUGUACCUCAACCACCGCAACCGCCAAAAGACCCUCAAACCUCGCAACUCGAUCCUACAGCUAUGCAAUUCGGCCCCAACGUCCCCACAGGUCCGGGUCAGCAUAACAACAAUAACAACCGCAACAACUACACAGGCCACAAUAGCCGCGGCGGCGGCGUCUCCAAGCCCGGAAACAACAGAGGCGGCCGUGGAGGCAGAGGAGGCCGCGGUAACCGUUUCGGCGGCCGUGGUGGAGGCAGAGGAAGAGGAAGAGGAGGAAACUACCGCUCUUUGGAUGACCGUCAGGAGAAUUACGGAGGAGGCGGUAUGCAGUAUUAG